AUGACUGAAGAUAUUGUAUUUGAAAAUAUGCGUAUUGAUGAUGACGAAGUUAUACAAGAAGAAGAUUUAGAAAUGAAAUAUUAUUUAAAGAAUAAAAAAGAAUUUGAAAGUCUAGCUAAAGAAAUGUUGUCAGGUAAAAAAGUAUUAUUUAUAACAGGUGCUGGUUUAAGUAUUAGCUCUGGUAUUUCUCCAUAUCGUAAUUCAAAAAAUGCUAUUUGGGGUUCAUUUAUCACCACUUGGGGUACAAGAAAGAAGUUUAUCGAGGAUCCUCAAUCAUUUUAUAAUGUAUUUUGGUUACGUACACAUGAAAAGCAAGAAUAUUUAGACGCAUUACCAAACCCAGGGCAUUUAUCUAUAACAAAUUUUGUGGAACUUUGUAACGCAAAUGUAAUUACACAAAAUGUCGACGAAUUACACUUAAAGGCAAAAGUACCAGAGUCCAAACUAAUUGAAAUUCAUGGUAGAAUUUCAAUGUACAAAUGCAUCACCAAAAACUGUACCUAUGAAUACGAUGAAACUAUUACAUCAAUCGAUAUCAACGACUAUGCAAUUAAAGGUUCAAUGAAAGGUGGUGAUCUUGAAAUUAAUCCACCACCAUGUCCAAGCUGUUCAAACCCAAUUUUACCACAAUCGUUAUUAUUUGACGAAGAUUAUAAUAGCCACAGCUUUUAUCGUUACCAUGAAGCAAUGGAUUGGAUCGAAGAAGCCGAUAUAGUUGUUUUUAUUGGUACAAGUUUUAGUGUAGGUAUUACAGAAGAAGUUGUUUAUCAAGCCCAAACAAAUAAUAAAAAAAUGUAUAAUUUUAAUGUUUUUAAGGAAACCAAAGUUAAGAAUAUGAGACCAAUUAUUGGUCCAUCUGAAAUUACAUUACCUUUACUAGAAAGACAAUUUUUAUAUGAAGCCCAAAAGAAAAUCCCAAAAAGACAAAUUUGGUAUGAUAAUACAAUUAAAAGAAUGGUUUUUGAAGCACAAGAGGAAUUUAAAGAAAAACAAGCACUUAAAGCAAAUUCAAGUACAGGUCGUGUCAGAGUUUAA